AUGCCCGGGGAGGUGCCGCCGCCGGCGCCCCGGGGGCUGCGGAGCCUCCCGCUGCUGCUGCUGCUGCUGCUCAGCGCCCGCGCCGCGCUGGCUCAGCGCUGGCGCAAUGAGAACUACGAGAGGCCCGUGGACCUGGAGGGCUCCGGGGACGACGAUCCCUUUGGAGAAGAUGAGCUGGACGAUGUCUACUCCGGCUCGGGCUCGGGGUAUUUCGAGCCGGAGCUGGGGCUGGACACGGCCGUGAGCCUGACCACGGACACACUGGUGACACUGCCCACCACAGCGGCCGUGCUGCCCGUCACCGCCGCCCAGCCCGUGGCAACGCCCCUGGAGCCGUCCCCCAGCCCCCAGGACACCACCCCCGGGCAGGCAACCAGCGCCUUCCUCAUCCCCAGGACCACGGCAGCGCCGCUGGUGCCCAGCUGGAAAGGCACCACCACCCCCAGCACCGCGGCCAGGGAGCCCCCAACCACCACGGCCACCACUGCAGUCACCACCACCGUGGCCACCACCACUCCCACCACCGUGGCCACCACCACCACUACCACCACCACCACAGAGGCCACCACGACCACAAGCAGCACCACCGUGGCCACGGCCAAGCCCACCACUAUCCGGAGGUUCCUGCCCCCCUUGGCCACCAAGGCGGCCACCACCCGGGCCACCACCCUGGAGACCCCCACCACGCCCGUCCUUGAAGCCAGCACCCCGACAGAGGUGGCCACGUCACUCCUUGUCCCCAGCAGCACGGCCAAGCCCAGGGCUCUGCCAAAGCCCAGCACCUCGAGGACUGCAGAGCCCCCCGAGAAAAGCACGGCCUUGCCCACGGCCACCACGCUGCCGCCCACAGAGGCCCCCCAGAUGGAGCCAGGGGAGGUGACAACAGUCCCCGACAGCGAGCUGGAGGUCCCGGCCAGCAGCGGCCCCAGCGGGGACUUCGAGAUCCGGGAGGAGGAAGAGACGACUCGUCCCGAGCUCGGGAAUGAGGUGAUGGCCGUGGUGACAGCGCCGGCGGCGCCGGGGUCCGGCAGGAACGUGGAGACGGGGCUGAUGGACAACACGAUAGACUCGGGCAACUCGGCUGCACAGCUGCCCCAGAAAAACAUCCUGGAGAGGAAAGAGGUGUUGAUAGCGGUGAUCGUGGGUGGUGUGGUGGGCGCCCUUUUCGCCGCCUUCCUGGUGAUGCUGCUCAUCUACCGCAUGAAGAAGAAGGACGAGGGCAGCUACACCCUGGAGGAGCCCAAGCAGGCCAACGUCACCUACCAGAAACCCGACAAGCAGGAGGAGUUCUACGCGUAGAGCGAGAGCCCGGAGUGCCUCACGCUUCCUCCCUCCC